AUGAACGGUGCAUCGAAACAAAUAGAUAUUUCAUCGGACACUCAUCACAUUCGUCAGCGAUAUUGUCAAAACCGUCCGCUAUACCGUCGAUCCCGCCAGUUAACUGCCGUCCGUGUGUAUUCCGUAGCGAAUGAAUCGCGCCAUCUACUGAUUUUCGGUGUUCCGCAAAUAAAUUUGCUUCGUGAGCUACGGCAAGAGUUGGCCCGGUUCGGUGUACUGGAAACAAUUUGCAACAUUACCGACGUUUGGCAACGGGAGCAUGAAGGUUCGAAUGAGCUAAUGCUCGAACCGUUUACGGAUGUGUUUCACGUGUGCUUCGCAAAGCUAGAGAAAGCCCGGCAAGCUAAGAAAUUACUGGAUGCACGCAACUUUUACGGUGGGACAUUGCACAUUUCGUAUGCGCCUGAACGGGAAAGCGUUGAAGAAGUUAGAGCCAAAUUGAAUCAGCGACGGUCGGAGGUCCGGUAUCGAUCAAAACUCGAAGCUAAACAACGAAAACCAUCCCAUGCUGGUGUUGGUGUCCAUCAGCAAGAAGCUGUAAACGCAACUACUAAGAAGACUGCUAAGAAGACUCGAUGA